CGUGUUUCUUGUGAUGCCCACCGAGGCGGUGAUCUGUAGCAGGGUAUCUUUAACAUGGAAUUUGUUAUGGAAGGUUCCCUGGAAGUGGCAGGUGCUGCAGAGGUGGGCAUUUGCUAUGCUUCUGCUCCUGUAUACUUUUCUGAUUGUGACAGGAAAGUAGAACAAGAGAAACUGUCGGGAGUAGUUAAAGGCGUCCAUAGGAAACUUCGCAAAAAAUACAAAGAAGUUGGAGACUUUGAAAAGAUUUGGCGUGAACAUUGUAAAGAUGAAGAACUUCUAAGUGAAUAUGCACUGGCCAUGAAGAACCUUGCUGAUGGUCACUGGGCAAAGACAUCUGAAGGUGAGGGGCGUAUUGAAUGGUGCCGCAGUGUUUGCCAGGAGUACUUCUUGAAUGGUGGGUUGAAGCGAAUGCUUGAAAAGGAUGAGAAGAGAGCAAAACUAAGUUUGCUCCCUUUAAGUUUGUGUACAGACCCGAUCCAGAAACAUGAUGAUGCUUCUCCUGCUGACAGUUUUAAAAGUUUAGAAGAAUUGACUCGGUUGCUGCAUCUUUCAGGAAAAAUCAGAUUACUGGAUGUUGGAAGCUGUUUUAAUCCCUUUCUGAAGUUUGAUGAAUUUCUGACUGUUGGUAUAGACAUUGUACCUGCUGUUGAGAGUGUAUACAAGUGUGAUUUCCUUAAUCUACAGUUACAGUUGCCACUUGAACUCUCUCAAGAUGCAGUGGAUGCCUUUCUCAUGCAGCUGAGUAACCCUAUUGAUGCACUUCCGAAAGAGCUGUUCAAUGUUGUGGUGUUUUCUCUGCUGCUGUCUUACUUUCCCUCCCCGUACCAGCGAUGGAUUUGCUGUAAGAAGGCUCACGAGCUCCUAGCACUAAAUGGUUUGCUCCUAAUUAUUACUCCUGAUUCAUCCCACCAGAAUCGCCAUGCACUAAUGAUGAAAAGUUGGAAGGUUGCUAUAGAAUCAUUAGGGUUUAAACGUUACAAGUAUGUGAAGUACUCUCAUAUGCAUUUAAUCGCAUUUCGAAAAAUUUCCAUAAAAACAACAAAUGAUCUAGUCAGUCAGAACUAUCCAGAAAUGCUUUAUAUCCCUCAGGAUUUCAGCAGUCUAGAAGAUGAAGAUUAUCUGGACUCGCCAAGCCAAGCCCGAUCAGACAUGGAGGAUGAACAGCUCGCUUCCUAUUUUUCUGAACUUCCUGAUAGUGUUUAUGACUCAGAUUCUGGUGAAAGCCAAUCAAGUUCCAUUCCAUUUCACGAGACAGAUGAUCCCUUGCUGCUUUUAAGUUAACAUUAAAGUGGCAUGGCCAUUAUUGUCUGAAUUGUUAUGUUGCCAAAUUUUACUAACAUGCCCUUGAAGUGUAAAUUUGCAAAAAAAAUGAAUAUGUGUACAGCAUUUACAGCAGUACAGUUUUCUACACCUGAGCUGUUAUUGUGUGGUCUUUUUAGAGAAAUAUAGGAACAAAUAUCUUUCGACAAGCUAUACUGUACUGUGUGGACUUAUCAUCUCUGUCGAUGUUUUCCUGUAUGAUUUUGAUUUGCAUUUAAAUACCUGAUAGUUUUGCAGAGUAAACUACUUUUAACAAGA